UCCCUCCUGCGGGAAGCCCAGAGGCGGCGAUGCCUCUCCCCGUGCCGGGGCACCUCAAGCCCACCGCGGGUACCACCUCGCGGGGCGGGGAAUGGGUUAAGGGCGGGGGGCGGAGGGCCCGGCCCGGCCCUGCCCGCCCCUAUUUAAGGCGGCGGCGGGCGCGGGGAGGGCUCGGUGCGAUGGCGGCUCCGCGCCGGCCGAGCGGCGGGGGGCUGCGCAGGGCCCCGCAGGACGGGCGGCUGGAGGAGAUCAACAAGGAGUUUCUCUGUGACCCAAAGUUCAGUAAUGAAAAAGACCUGGAGGAGAAGUUGGCAGUGUUCAAAGAGAAAUACAUGGAGUUUGACCUGAACAACCAAGGCGAGAUUGAUUUGAUGUCCGUCAAAAGGAUGAUGGAGAAGCUGGGGGCUCCAAAGACCCACCUAGAACUGAAGAGGAUGAUCUCUGAGGUGACUGGAGGGGUCAGCGACACCAUCUCGUACCAGGACUUUGUCAAUGUGAUGCUUGGGAAACGCUCUGCUGUGCUGAAACUGGUCAUGAUGUUUGAAGGAAAAGCCAAUGAAAGCAACCCAAAACCUUCUGGUCCACCUCCAGAGAGAGACAUAGCCAGCCUCCCUUGAAGAGGAUGGGCUGUAAAAUGGGCACUGUUUGCUUUGCUGGUCUGUAACAGAGGUUACCUGUGCUUUGUAACUCUUGACUGUGCACAGUCCUAGUUUUCCACUAACCUGCCUUAGAGGAACAGCAAGGGAAGCUGGAGACCCCCAGCUCAUGUCUUUCUGCUGCAUCCCUUAGCCAACUUGAUCUGUUAGACAGAAGCUGUAGCACCAAUGUAAUGUGAGACCAAAAAGAACAAAAAAAUAUCCUGUGAUUUUACUCAUUCCUCUGCCUUUCCUGCAUUUCUCAGACAAGGAGCUAUGUUGUUCCCAGUGUAUGGAUUCAGAGCUGUGCUUGUCAUGACCCGUUCCUAAUGAUCCUUGCUGCCAGACAUGGACAAAGCCCCUGAGAGCAGCUUCAUGGGUGCAAAGAAAUAAGUGCCUUCUCUGCUCCACCCUCCUGUCUCUUCUUUGGACUUAGUUCUUUCCCUCCUGAUCUCCCCAAAAUGCAAAUCAGGCUCCCACAUCUGUCUGAUCAUAAGGGGAAUGUGGAAUGUGCUUGGACACAGAGAUCUGCCUGCACAACCUAUUGGAGUGGGCACAGGUGCCUGCAGGGACAGUUUCUGUCUGCUCUGGGGGCUCGUCCUGCAGGCAGAUCUCAGGGCCCAACACUAGCCAUUGCAAGUGAUGGUUAAAGCCACCCUGGGGAGCCCCUUCCUGAUAAAUCGUGACUUGGGUCCAACCAGGAGCGUAACCUCUGGAUAGGUGAUUGUCUGUCCCAUCCAUGGAGUCCAGAAACAAGCUGUGAUGCCUUUGCAGCCCAACAGGGCGCCUAGGGCAAGUGAAACCUCCAGGUGAAAGGAAGCUGAGUGACCAAAUUGAGCCUGGCCAGACCAGUUGCAGAUGAGGAUCUGUCCUCAGGCAGCUGCUUGUCCCUCUGACUUUUGCAGACCUCCCUGUAUGUGUUUCAGUCUGGUCCCCUGGGACUAUACAUUUUCCUGACGGAUAAGCCCUCAAAUCUGCAAAAUAAGAAGGGCUGUAAGUAUGGAAUAUGAACUGGGACUGUGCUAUCCACACUCUGGGUACUGUGGUGAUUCUUGUUCCAUACACAAUUUCUGGAAUCCAGGUGUUUGCUCUUUGCCCUUUCCCCACUCUUUUCUUAAAAUGUUCUUGACAGCUUUUAACUUUUUUUAAAUCAUGAUUUAGUAAGUACAUUUUUUAAAGGAAAUACAGAUGAUUAACUCUACUAGGCUGAUCCUGCCAAAGGCUGCACUUUUAAAUAAUUAAAAAAAACAACAAAAACAUUCUCACUACUGUUUGUGUGAAAACCAAAUUUGUAACAGAGACAAAAAUUGUGAGCAAAAGCAGCACCAGUCUACUUCAAGGACUGAAAAUAAAUCUUUUGAAACUACA